CGUCACGUCCGGUUAUGCGUCUGUGGGGCGGUGCGGAACGGAGUCUAAUGUAAAUACACCAGUUUUCCAGGACCAAACUUGGGCUGCUGCGUGGGAACUCCGACCCGUGCCGAAUUCUAGUAAGCCUGCAGUUGACGGGAACGUGGCUAUUCCAGUGAGCGACUUCGUUCUGCGCCGGGACGGCUUAACCGCGCGCGGCAGGUGCGCAUGCGCGACGUGGGAGCACAGGGUGGAAGGGUCUUCGCUACGGUCGUGUCUGUGAGGGAGCCGCCACCGGGUUCCGUACAACGCGGCUGAGGUACCGGAUACAGACGGUGACCGGAAAGGCUGAUCCGGCCGUGUUGCUGGGCGCACUGCCUUCGAGGUGGGCGCCAAGUCAAUAGCGGUUGUUAAUCGAGCAAGUGCCCAGGAAGGACAAGAGAGAGUGUUGGAUCCUCUGGAAUUGGAGUAUAAACUUAUGUCAGCCACCCUGUGGGUACUAGAAAAUCAACUCAGCCAGCUUCUCUACAAGAACAGCAAGUGCUCUGAACAGCUGAGACAUCUUUCCAGCCCUAAGUACCCCAUGUUGGAAGAUGCCAGCUACUGCUUAUGAAAGGGUAGUUUAUAAGAGCCCCUCGGAGUACCACUACAUGAAAGUCUGCUUAGAGUUUCAGGAACACGGGGUUGGACUGAAUGGAGCCCAGUUCAAACAGCUACUUGUUUCAGCGCUGAAAGACCUGUUUGGGGAGGUUGGCGCUGCUUUACCUGUGGAUGUUCUCACCUAUGAUGAGACCACACUGUCAGCCAUCUUGAGAGUAUGCAGCAGUGGUCUGGCCAAAUUGUGGAGCUCUUUGACCCUGUUUGGAGCCUAUAAAGGCAAGAAAUGUGCCUUCAGAGUGAGUCAGGUGUCUCCCUUUCUCCUCGCGUUAUCUGGCAAUAGCAGGGAACAAGUAUUGGACUGAGCUCUUACAGUUCCAGAUACGAACGCUCGACAGUGUCCUUAGGUGUCUACACAGUUUGGAAACAAGCAGGCUAAAGCCCCUAUUGUUGACAUUCGGAGAUGCUGAAGAUGUGGAGUGGGCUUCAGAGGAGACUGUGGCAGCAUCGCGUGGUACCAGCAGGGCAGUGUUUCCAGUGUGUGCACGUGAAAGUUGGAGACCGCGCUGAACUCAGCAGAGCCUUCACACAGCAGGACGUGGCUACCUUCUCAGAGUUAACAGGAGACGCCAAUCCUUUGCAUUUAAGUGAAGAUUUUGCAAAGCACACCAGGUUUGGAAAGACAGUUGUGCAUGGAGUUUUGAUAAAUGGACUUAUUUCAGCUCUCCUGGGCACUAAAAUGCCAGGGCCAGGCUGUGUGUUUCUUUCCCAGGAGAUUAAAUUCCCAGCUCCUUUGUAUAUUGGAGAAGUGGUUUUAGCAUCGGCAGAAGUGAAAAGGUUGAAGCAGUCUGUUGCUGUUGUUGAAGUGUCCUGCUGUGUAAUAGAAAGUAAGAAGACAGUUAUGGAAGGCUUGGUUAAAGUUAUGGUCCCAGGAGCUCCUAGAUCCUGAAAUAGAAAUGUAAAGUUGUACGUUCAGAC